AUGUCCUCAGAGCUGCCGGCUCCUCCUUGCGAGCCCCCACCGGCCCCGGCAGCGCCAGAUGGCGGCACGCGCCUGGCUGGGACAUUCCAGGGCUUCGACGCCUCGCUAAAUCGCGUGCCGUUCGCUUACGGCCUCAUUCGCGGGAGGCUCAGUUGGCAUUGGGCUGCGGAUGACCUUUGGAAAGGCGGGCCUGACCAGCAGGAGCACUUCUUCACACGGACGCACCUCCAGCGUGGUGUUAUCGCAGAGCUUCUCUCGUUGGGCACGGCAGUGGAAUUUUUCGCGCACAAGCCUGGCUCCGGUGGGGGCGUCUCCUGGGCCUACGCCGUGCGGAAGCCGCAAAGUGAAGCCAAGCCCUUCGCUUUCCGUCGGAUCCUCGCUGGUCCCUCCGGGGCCUCUACGAGGAUCUCGAGCCUUUCAGAGGCCAAACGGCGGCAAAAUGACAAAGCGUUACCGCUUGAGGCGGCACAGCCUCCCAUCGACUUGAGCCGAAGCCCACGUCGCUCCGAUCCUGCGGCGCCUUCUCCGUCACACUCCCCGCCACGGAAGCUGACAAGGAGAUUCUGGAAGGCUGAGGUCCUCAACCAGGCCACGGUUUCCGAGAAGUUGGAGGUCUUUGACAUCCCGGGAUGGCCCAUGGAGGAGGCACCUGCAACAGCUGCCAACGGCAUCGCACUCGGGCAGGCCUCCUCUUCAUCACCGGCAUGGCAGUGUGCCACAAGCGCAGCAGCUGCUACCGAGGUGGCGGACCAUGACGUGCCAGAAGGCAGCGAUAUCGAUGAGGACGAUCAAGUCGUGGAAGACGGCGAGGAGCUGAGCCUCGAGGGGCUGGUCACGAUGCUGCUGAAGGCUUCUUCUGAGGGACGCCGGGACGCUGGCGUUUGGGAGGAGGCCCUGAGCUCGUUCUUUGCGUGUCCACUCCCGGCCCUUCUGGAUGCAGAGUUUGCAGAGGUAAACAAACACAUCGUCAAGAAGGCAGGUGCUUUGAAGCUCACGGAGCCCCUUCCCAAG